UAAAACUUUUUGUGGUGGACUUGUUUUUCCACAGACUUCUUUAUCGUCAGAGGCCGUUUGGACCUGUGUGACUGCUAUGCCUUCAUAUAUAGUGACUGUUUCCACAGGGAGCCAGAAGUACGCAGGCACAAAUGAUCAUAUCUACAUCACACUGGUGGGCACUGAGGGGUGCAGUGAGAGGACGCUGCUGGACAAAGCUCUGUACAAUGACUUUGAGAGGGGCGCAGUAGACUCCUAUGAUGUGAGUACCGAGGAAGACCUGGGUGAGAUUGUGAUGGUGAAGAUUGAGAAGAAGUACUGGGUCCCUGAUGACUGGUACUGCAAGUACAUCUCAGUCAAAACCCCAUCCGGAGACAAUGUAGAGUUCCCCUGCUUCCGCUGGCUGGUGGGACAAGAAGUGGUGCUGCGGGACGGAAGAGCACAUCUGCCUCAGGAUGAUAAGACCAACCUGGUCAAGCAGCACAGAAAAAAAGAGCUGGAAAUGAGGAGGAAAACAUACAGGUGGAAGGAGUGGCAGCCAGGCUUUCCUAUGAGCAUAGAUGCUAACAGACACAAGGAUUUGCCACGGGACAUCCAGUUUGACAGUGAGAAGGCAGCAGACUUUCUUGUGAACUACAGUAAGGCAAUGGAGAACCUGUUUGUGAACAACUUCAUGAACAUGUUCCAGUCCUCCUGGAGUGACUUCUGUGACUUUGAGAAGAUCUUUGUGAGAAUCAAAAACACAAUCUCAGAGGAUGUGAUGCAACACUGGAAGGAGGACUUCAUGUUUGGUUACCAAUUUCUAAACGGUUGCAACCCCGUAAUGAUCCGAAAGUGCACCAAACUCCCCGACAAGUUUCCUGUCACUCAUGAAAUGGUUUCUUUUUGUCCUGUCACUCUGAAAUGGUUUGCCAGCCUGGAGAGGGAGCUGACUCUGGAGCAGGAAAUAGAGGAAGGUAACAUCUACAUCGUAGACUAUGAGAUGCUGGACGGCAUCAGUCCUAACUCGACAGACCCGUCUACGCCACAGUACCUGGCAGCUCCAAUCUGUCUACUCUACAAGAACGCCCAAAAAAAACAGAACACGAUCCUGCCCAUAGCCAUACAGCUUGGGCAGACUCCAGGUGAAGACAACCCGAUCUUCCUGCCCACUGAUGGUGAGUACGACUGGCUGCUGGCAAAGAUGUGGGUCCGCUCAAUCGACUUCCAGUACCAUCAGACCGUCACACACCUGCUCAGAACUCAUCUGGUGACAGAGGUGUUUGCUAUUGCCAUGUACAGGCAGCUCCCUGCUGUUCACCCUGUGUAUAAGCUACUUAUCCCACACAUUCGUUUUACCAUCGCGAUCAACACCAAGGCCAGAGAGCAGCUCAUCUGUAAGAGAGGCCUUUUCCUUUUCGACAAGGCAAACUCAACAGGUGGAGGCGGUCACGUCCAGCUGGUCCAAAGGGCUGUAAAGUCUCUGACCUUCAGGUCUCUGUGCUUCCCUGAUAUCAUCAAAUCCCGCGAUUUGGACAACAAGGAGAAGCUGCCCGGCUACUUCUACAGAGAUGAUGGCUACAGCGUUUGGGAGGCCAUCAAGAGUUUUGUGUCUGAUGUGGUGCACAUUUACUACAGCAGCGAUGAGAUGCUGCAGGGAGACGAAGAAAUCCAGGCCUUCGUUAAAGAUGUGUGCAGCUUCGGUAUGCAGGACUUCGAACACUGCGAGUUUCCCAUCCUGAAAACCCGUGAGGAGCUGAUCGAGUAUCUGACCGUCGUUGUAUUCACUGCUUCAGCUCAGCACGCAGCAGUCAACUUUGGACAGUAUGACUGGUGUUCCUGGAUCCCAAACGCUCCAUCCACCAUGAGAAAACCCCCGCCCAAAAAGAAGGGCCUGGCAAAUGUGAACUUGAUCAUCAAGAGCCUCCCGGAUCGCGGACGUUCCAGCUGGCACCUGGGGGCUGUCUGGGCCCUCAGCCAGUAUUCGGAGCAUGAGCUCUACCUGGGCAUGUAUCCUGAUGAGCACUUCGUAGAGAAGCCAGUGAAGGCGGCCAUGGAGAGGUUCAGGAAGCAGCUGGCAGAGAUAACCAGCUCCAUCAAGAAGAGGAACGAUGGGAAGAAGCUGCCCUACUAUAACAUGUCCCCAGACAGAAUCCCAAACAGUGUCGCUGUUUGAGGAAUAAAAUCUGGUCUCUACUUCAUAUUUUGCAAAUAGCACGUUGAGGAUAUUACUGAGUUUGUCCAAAUAUGCCUUUACAAACAUAUCUUUGUCCCUUAAAUGUGUGUGUUUUUUAUACUUUAUACAUAUAAAUGCAUGUGUGCUGACAAAAAAGCCAAAUUGCAAACCUCAACUUUGCUUCUAAAUUAAUCUUUGUUCACACUUCACAAUUGUCAUUUAUAGCUGCAGUUUGCAUUUUUGUGCAAAAGAAAAAAAGACAAUUGUCUUCUCUAAGUAGUGCUAAUGACACCUAUGCUACAUAAACUGUUUUUUAUAUUUUUUUUACAGUGUCACCGUAACAUUUAUAGGAACAAUGUAUAACAUUUGGGAAGAUUUAGUGGCUUGUAGUGGUGACGAUAGUAGAUUACAAUCAGCUGAAACUUCCCCUACUUAGGAUUCCUUCAGUGUUUAUUGUUCAGGAGCCGAACUAUCUGCAGAGCUUGCUUCUUUUCUGAAACAAACGAACCAGGGGAUUAAAAUAAAUAAAUAAAUAAAUAAAUCAGUGUUUUUCUGAUGGUGCUUGUCACAGGGAAGCUUCUUAUGAUGGUGAACAACGCAGAAACUUUUCUCAAGAGAUAUAUGGAUGAGGAGGUAUGUUAAAUGUUAAAGAUUCUAUUGAUUAUGGAGCUACCCUGAGGACAGGGGCGGUAGUUAACUGAUAAAGCACAUAAAAAUGGGAAUAGCUCUUAAUAUUGUAUUGGGCUAUAUAUAAAGCUUUGAUAGUUGUUUGUAUUGUAUUGGGUCAUAUACAGUCUUUCUACUUCUUCCUGAUCCUUUUCAAACAUGUAGAAUUUUGCUUCAGUAUUUGAUUAUUGAGAUUAAAGAAUAGGUUUUGUAUAGGCCUUCUAAUUUUUUGUUUUUGCACUUG